AUGAAGCAGAACUACCCUGAAAUAUGUCCACAACUAAAAGCAGACAAGAAGGAAACUCUUCAUGAUGCCUGUAGGAAAGGGGACCUGGGCCUAGUGAGAAGCAUCCUGUCCCGAGGUUUGGUUGACGUCAACAGUAGAGAUGAUAAGUACAGGAUGACACCACUCAUGGUGGCAGCACACGAGGGACAUAGACGAUUAUUUGCCUUUCUUGUAAGAACGGGAGCUAAUGUAUCACACGUAGAUGAAAACGGGGACAAUGUCCUGCACUUGGCCCGCAGAGGAGGACGUAUGCGUUUUGUGAAGUAUGUAGUCACACAAUACAGUGUUGAUAUUAACAGUAAGGGAAUGUACGGGUCAACUCCACUGCUGCAGGCUGUAUAUUGUGGUCACAGAGACCUGUUGAAGUUCCUCGUGACCAAGGGAGCUAAUUUGUCACACGUGGAUGAUGACGGAGGGAAUAUCCUGCACUGGGCCUGCAGAGGGGGGCAUGUGGGUGUUGUGAAGGAAAUACUCACACAAUACAAUAUUGAUGUCAACAGUAGGGAGAAUCACGGAGAGACCUCCCUGAUGAAGGCUGCAUCAAAAGGGCACCUAGGCGUUUUCCUGUUCCUCGUGAGCAAAGGGGCUAAUGUGUCAAACGUUGAUGAAAAGGGAGACAACAUACUUCAUCAUGCUUCAAUUGGAGGCCAUGCAAAGAUGGUUCAGCAUAUCUUAUCACAAAACCUGGUGGACAUUAACAGUAGAGGAAAAUACGGGAGGACACCAUUGAUGAGAGCAGCAUAUUAUGGACAUAGAAAAGUGUUUGAACUUCUUGUGAGUAGAGGUGGUCUAACGCAGUUAUUGGAUGAUGGCGGAGAAAACAUCCUUCAUCAGGCCGCUUUGGGUGGACAGGUCGAGAUGGCGAAGCAUAUCCUAUCCGCAGACAUGGUGGACAUUAACAGUAGAGGUAAGACGGGAGAAACCCCGCUGAUGAGGGCCGCAUUUAUGGGAUAUAAAGUCGUUUUUCUGUUCCUCGUGAAUAUGGGGGCUAAUGUGUCAUACGUGGAUGAUGACGGCGACAACAUACUUCAUCAUGCUUCAAUUGGAGGCCAUGCAAAGAUGGUUCAGCAUAUCUUAUCACAAAACCUGGUGGACAUUAACAGUAGAGGAAAAUACGGGAGGACACCAUUGAUGAGAGCAGCUUAUUAUGGACAUAGAAAAGUGUUUGAACUUCUUGUGAGUAGAGGUGGUUUAACGCAGUUAGUGGAUGAUAACGGAGAAAACAUCCUUCAUCAGGCCGCUUUGGGUGGACAGGUCGAGAUGGCGAAGCAUAUCCUAUCCGAAGACAUGGUGGACAUUAACAGUAGAGGUAAGACGGGAGAAACCCCGCUGAUGAGGGCCGCAUUUAUGGGAUAUAAAGUCGUUUUUCAGUUCCUCGGGAAUAUGGGGGCCAAUGUGUCAUACGUGGAUGAUGACGGCGACAACAUACUUCAUCAUGCUGCAGAUGGGGGCCAUGCAAACAUGGUUCGGCAUAUCCUAUCACAAAACCUGGUGGACAUUGACAGUAGAGGAAAAUACGGGAGCACACCAUUGUUUAGAGCAGCUUAUUAUGGACAUAGAAAAGUGUUAGAUCUGCUUGUGAGUAGAGGUUGUUUAACGCAGUUAGUGGAUGAUAACGGAGAAAACAUCCUUCAUCAGGCCGCUUUGGGUGGACAGGUCGAGAUGGCGAAGCAUAUCCUAUCCGAAGACAUGGUGGACAUUAACAGUAGAGGUAAGACGGGAGAAACCCCGCUGAUGAGGGCCGCAUUUAUGGGAUAUAAAGUCGUUUUUCAGUUCCUCGGGAAUAUGGGGGCCAAUGUGUCAUACGUGGAUGAUGACGGCGACAACAUACUUCAUCAUGCUGCAGAUGGGGGCCAUGCAAACAUGGUUCGGCAUAUCCUAUCACAAAACCUGGUGGACAUUGACAGUAGAGGAAAAUACGGGAGCACACCAUUGUUUAGAGCAGCUUAUUAUGGACAUAGAAAAGUGUUUGAUCUGCUUGUGAGUAGAGGUUGUCUAACGCACUUAGUGGAUGAUCUGGGUAGGAACAUUCUUCAUGUGGCCUCUUCACGUGGAAACGUUAUGAUGGUGAAGCACAUCCUCUCAAUGAAUAUAGCGGACAUUAACGCCAGGGACAAGGGUGGGAAAACGGCAGCCAUGAUAGCAAAAUGUAACGGAAAACUUAGACUGUAUAACUACUUGUUUCGCAAGGUUGUCAAGUAA